GAAUUUCUUACGUCAAAAAUAAGAUGUUAGGUUAUGCUUUGCAAAUAUGUAUUCUUAUAGUAUUUUAAAAUAUUUAACACGAGAAACUAAAAUACUUGUUAGAUAUAAACAUCCGCCAAAUCAUUGGUCUGUCGUUCGAAAGAAAGUACAUCCUGUCGAUAAAGCCCUAAACCAUUUCGAUGAUUUUUAUGAACAAGUAUUUGGUAAAAAUUGGUUAGCGAUUCGUAGAGCGUUAUUAUGUAAAAAUAAAUAUGUAGCCGUACUCAACUAUUAUGGAGAUAUUGAAGAUACUAAAUACAAUUUGGAACUCAAAGGGGCUUUGAAUAUGCGCGUCUUAUUCGAUUUAGAAAAAAGUUACAUUCGAGAAAAAACAGAAAAUAUCGAUAUCGUAGAAGAAAUAUCGGAAACUGUUCAAGAAUUCGAUAAUCAGCCUAAAGAUGCAAUAGUUGAAACUCAAAAGUUACAAGCCAAAGAUCUUUCGUUAAAAAGUAGUCUCGAAAAGGCGGAAUACGAUACUAGACGAUUAGUAAACGUUCAAGAUGCUCUUUCCACAGAAAUUUUAUACGAAUUUAUUCCGACGACUAAAAUUAAAGGCAAAGAGGACUUUCUAUUAGAAUCUACUCAUUAUAAAUUGUAUGAUCAAAAUACGCAAUUCGGCGUAAAUGUUGAAAAAGAAUACGACUUUCAUUUUCCCGAUCAUUUAAAUAUUUAUUGCUUCGAAGAAGGGAAUAAAAGUGAAUUUCCAUCGCCGAAAAAAUCUAUAACAGGCGUUUAUAACUAUUAUUUAAUGGACGGCGGUUCAGUUCUACCGGUUUUAGCAUUAGAUAUUAAACCUGGUAAUAGAAUUUUGGACAUGUGCGCAGCUCCUGGGGGUAAAAGUCUCCUAGCACUGCAGACUUUGUAUCCCUCCAGUAUUGUAUCGAACGAUAUAUCUUAUUCUAGGGCUAAUAGGAUCGAUAACGUUUAUAAACAAUUCUUGUUUGAUUUCGACGAAAAAUGGCUUCAAACAGGUAAAAUUAGAUUAACCAAUUAUGAUGGGAGAAUUAUAGAAGAAGAUACUUUUGAUAGGAUAUUGGUCGAUGUUCCUUGUACUACAGAUAGACAUUCCCUACAUGAAAACGAUAACAACAUUUUCAAACCUUCGAGGAUCAAGGAAAGACUCCAAUUACCGGAACUUCAAAGACAACUUCUUUUUCAAGCUUUCAAAUUAGUGAAAAUAGGAGGCGUAGUUGUGUAUUCGACUUGUUCUUUGAGCCCUAUCCAAAAUGAUGGGGUCGUACACAUGGCUCUGAAGCAAGCUUGGGAAGAAACCAACAUGGAAUUUAUCGUCAAGGAUCUAUCUCAAGCUUUAUUACAAACGAAAAGGGUGUAUGAAUAUGCAGAUGCGAAUAUAUUGAGAUAUGGUCAUUUAAUCGUACCGUCUAUGAAACAAAAUUACGGUCCAACUUAUUUUUGUAAAUUACAGAAAAUAAAAUAAAUUUCAUGUUUUCA